AUGUCGAAAGCGGAUUUGACGUCUCUGCUCUCUCAAUUGAGCGUACAGUCUCAAAAUAAUAAACAUCAUGAGGUGUCGUCCACCUGCAUGAAGCUUUUAUCUUCGAACUGUGCGAAUGCAUCUGAUGUUUUGAGGCAAUGUAUUAUCGCCUUAAUCAAGCAAGAUAAAUAUCAGCAAUGUCUGAAAGUUUUAACGAAAUACGAAACGUUAGGUGAUUCUGAGUCUUUAACACUUGAGAAACUAUACGUUUACUACAAAUUGAGCAAAACAAAGUCAUUUGAAAAAUUGUACUCAACUGUUGCAUCAAGACUGGAAGAGAUUAAAACGAGAGGAGAUGUUCCCUCAGUUCAUAUUAGAGGCCUGUUACACGUACGUGCUCAGUUUUGCUACAAGAUAGGUAAGCAUCAAGAAGCAUUUCGUAUAUAUCAAUAUUUGGCCUCGCACAAUUCAGAUGGCAUGGAUAAUGAAGUCGAGCUGGCAUGUAACGAACGUGCACCAUCAACACAUUUACCCGAUAAUUCGGCUUCGUUUGUAACUCAGCUGACGUCGGAUUCUUUUGAUCUGUUUUUUAAUGAAUCAAUGAUCUUUCUUGGCAAUGGUCAGAUGGAUGUGGCACUUAAUCUAUUGAAAAAGGCCAGAACGUUGGCUGCAAGUGAAGGAACUGAAGACGAUUUACACUCAAUUGAUUUACAAAUAGCAUAUGUUUACCAACUAUCCGGCAAUAAUGCAGAGAGUAAGUUGGUCCUCAACAGAUUGAUGGCAAACCUCAAACCCCAAUCCACCAUGUUGUUACUUGCACAGAAUAAUUUGAAAUCUUUCACUGAUCUUUCAAAAUAUACCACAAACUUUUCACUUUUACUCAGGGAGUUGAAUGUUGAAAGAAUAAAUUCCAGUUCUCAAAACUUCACGGAAUAUCAAUGGCAAAUAUUGAAUACUAACUUACUAGUCCUGCAAUUGUUUAAUAAUAGCAGCAUUCAAAGAAAGAGCAGUAUUUUAUCGCGCACGCUAGCGACCUAUCAAGAGAUCGUUGAUAAUGUAACUUUAGAGCCAUAUGAGUCUCAAGCUACAAAGCUGUUUCACCAUGUCAUGAAAUCUAUUUCUUGCGGAAUAUCGGGAAGCGUUAUUGGAGUCCUUUUAUUAGCAGUCCAACUACAAAUCUUGGAAAAGAAAUGGGAAAGAGCAAUUCAACUAUGCGAAUCUUUCCUGAAUAAAGAUCGGCAGGCAAUAGAAUACGAGCAACGCGUUAUUUGUUACAUCUUAUUCCAGCUUUAUGAGAUAGCCGGUCGUGAUAACUCUAGACAUAUAUUGUUGGGACGUCUGUUCGAAGUAUUUACCAGUGAAAGAGCAAAAGAAGAUCCUCCGUUCUGGAGACAGGUUGGUUUCAAGCUUUUGGCGCAAGAAUCGGUGGAAGACGCAAAUGCCAUAUUUUCUGAGCUAAAAAAACUUGAUCCCACCGAUACCCUAUUGGGUGAUUCCCCAAGAUUAGGUACUCAUGAAUUGGAUGGAGAACUCGAAUCCUUGAUUGAUAUGGUUGAUGUACAGCAAUUAAUUGAUCUGGGCUCAACUCCUUUUGAAAGAAAGACCAAGAAAACCUCUGAAAAGUCAUUAAAACGGGUACAUAAGAGGAAAAGAGUUCAUAAAAACAGAAAACUACCCAUUGGUUACGAUUCAGAGAAAUUACCCAAUCCAGAGAGGUGGUUACCGCUGAGGGAUAGGUCAGACUACAGACCUAACAAGAAACAGCUAGCAAAGCAAACCCAAGGUGGUGCAAGUAAUCGUAAAAUGGAUCAAUCGCUAGAUAUUUCUAAGAAAAAGCAACCUAAGAAAGGCAGAAAAAGACGUUAA